AUGGAACGCAGGCAGGAGGAGCAGGUCGUGAAGCUGCGGGCGGUGGAGGCCACGCCCGAGUCCUUCGCUUCGUUCGGGCAGGUCAUCACCGCCUCCCCCGACGGCGACGAGUUCGGCCCCCACGACGCCCAGCUCGACCUCAGCCGCGGCAUCCCAAGGUUCUACAUCAUGCGGUUGCAGGACCGGCCGCUGGAGUUCUCCACCAUCACCCACCACGCCAGCGUGACCCAGUGCCUGGGCUCCAUCGGCGGCCACGACUGGUACCUCGGGGUGGCCAAGCCGUCGAUCGUGGACGGAGCGUCCGAGCAGAGUGGCCCGGAGGGGAGGAAGCUCUUACAGUCUCCCGCAGGGCACUAUUACCUGCCUCCUGAUCCAGCCGAGGUCUGCGUGUUCCGGGUUUCCGGCUCCAAGUUUCUCAAGCUGAACAAGGGGACCUGGCAUGCCGGCCCUUUGUUCAAGGCGGAUGCUGUUGAUUUCUAUAAUCUGGAAUUGAGCAACACCAACGAUGAUCCUGACAGAAAAAAGCGUUACACAUUGCUCCCUAUUAGCUAA